UGUCUUAUCCUUGGGGUUCUCUUAGUUUUAAUUGGUUGGUACGGUCGAUUCGUGGUUGUGUGAAGACUUUCAAGAGCAUGCCAUCUACACGUUAUAUGAUUAGUGGUUUCCUUUACGCUUUAAAUGUGUGGCUGUUGGAGGUUUUCCCUAUCUUUCGAGGGUUUUCAAGUUUUCAUGGUCUAAAGUCUCCUCGUAUGUUGUCUUGGGGUCCUUCAAAGCAAGUUGAUUAUAAAGUUAUUAAUGAUAAUUUCUUUCAUGCUGAAAAAAGAUUCAAGAAAUUUAUUGUCCAUGCUGUUGUUGUUGGUACGGAACAAGAGAUGCUGGAUUAUCCAGUUGCACUUAAAUUUCCUGAUGAUUCAGGCCCUUGUUCUUCCCGUGCGGUUUUGCCAUCUCAAGUUACUUCUCAGAUAGUUGAUGGUGUUUUGUCUAGUGUGAAGAAGCAACUUGAUGAUGAACGAUCUACAAUUGUCAAUCAAGUAAAGUCUUUGGAUAGCCGUUUCGAAGAAUUGGAUAAAAAUUUUGUUGGUGCGAUUAAUGCUGUGGAUAGCUUAGUUCGUGUACAUGAUGAAACAAAGUCAUGUGUAGCAGCUUCACGAAAGUGCUAAAAGAACUUGUUUAGAAAGUAGACUUGACGAGUUUGGAAAGUAAAUUUGAUUAUGUGAUGCAUUGUGUUGAAAGUUUAGUUCGACUGCAUAGCGAAAACAAAUCUUGUAAAGCUUGUGCAUCUGGUAAAAGACAACCUGAUUUGGGUUAUUCAGUGAAUGAUGAGGUGAAGUUAGAUGCACAUCUUGGAAAAGAUUUGCAGGAAUGUAUGGAGAAUAUGCUUUGUAAAGCAAGGUCUA